UUUUUCUAAAGAGAUCACAAGGAAGUCUUGGUUUAAAAAGAAACAGAAACAUACACAGGGGGGUUGGUGAAUGGUGGCGACCGCGGCCAUCACAGUUGGAGGCUAUUUUUGGGGGGCGUGAGUAGCUUCCAUGGAGUUACUUUGCGCCCACUCCUAGCGGCAAGGGCUUGGGUCUGGCGGGCUGACCGUCCCCGGCAGGGGUGCGGGGCCGGGGACGUCGCGGACCCGGCCGCCUCCCUCGCUGCGACCCCGGAUGGAUGCGCGCCCCCCGCCCGCCCGCGCCGGCCCCUGGAGCUCCGGGUUUCGGGAGCAUCCUUCCCGCGCUGGCCCCCACCGGGGCGCAUAGCCGAGGGCAGCGGCCCUCGGAAGGGCACCGCGGAACAAGGCUAGGCCAGAGAGCCAACUCCCUUCUCUGAAGGAGGGAUCAGAAGGACCCUGCAGUUGCCAGUGGGCAGCCAUCUAUGGGAGCGAGCGGACUGAGAUUUGCUCUCUCUGAGGUGGAGAGUAGGGUGAGAAGGUGCUGAAGGACAAAGUAGACAGAGCCCCUUUCAUUCUCCAGGAUCUCCUUGAUCAUUCUGGCUGCUGUGUGGAUCCCAGAUUACGGAAGAGCAAUAGUGGAAGCUGGGAGAUGAAUGAGCAGUCCAGGCAAGAGAUGAGACUGGCUUGGACCAAUGUGGUAGCAGUAGAGAUGGGGAAAGAAGUGUAUGGAUUCUCUGUGUGUCCCAGAGGGAGAGCCCACUGGACUUACCAAGGGUUGGCUGUGGGCUAGAGGAUGCACAGAGAGGCUGUGGGCUGCUGCUCCAUUGAGGGGACUCUAGGACACCCACACUCCCGAAGGAGAGCUUCCAAUCUGUGUCUCCAUGCUGGGAUGGCGUGGGAGGUGCAAAUGGGCUGGUGCAGAUGGAAGGAAAAGGGGACCCUUUCUUUCCUAGAGCAUCUUUUGUAGGUAGGGUUUCAGGAGCACUUUCUGUCCCAAAAAGCAAGUGCCUUGUGAUGCUGAGAUUCUCCCAGAGCAGACCUUCCUUUGGGAGAGAUUGGAGGAGGAACCAGGGGAGAGGGGAAACCAGAGGCCAAGAUCAAGUCUUGGCACCCCUGACCCCAACCUGCGUUUGCAGCCCUGGAUUUCAGCUCUGGUAAAGGAGUCCUCCCUGUCCCCCUGACUGGGUUAGAAAGGGGCGUUGAUGGGGCAAAGGGCUGUCCCACAGGGGAGCCCAGGCCUCAUUGGGAGCUUCAUUAGCCACUAACAGUGGGGAGGCAGGGAGGACUUUGGAACAGACUUGGUUCAAAGGAAAGAAGCUUUGCUCACAAAACAGUGGCUUCCCUCUGAAGCCUAUUAUUGUUCCAAUUAAGCCACUACAAAAUCUGCUCCCUUAGUAACACCCUGCCCAGGAGAACUCUGGGGUGUUUCAUGGAGGGCAGGUGGAUGGGGAGCUGGCUGAGGAUGGGGUGCAGGGCUGCAUGCUGACGGGUCACCUGUUGGUCCCUGGGCAGCAGGAAACAGCAUUAUGAGAAGGGCGUUGGCAGUCAAGGGGUGCUGUUACAGGGGGCCUUCAUGACUGUAUGGAGUUACUGCCCCCUCUGAGGAGCCCCUCGGGUGGGCGCUGGUAGGAGGACUCUUCACCUGGCCCAAGGCUGCUGUGGUAUUAAUAACCAGCACCUAUAUGGAGAGCCAGCUGCUGUGCUAAGGGCUUUACGCUGCGCUCAUUUAUUCUCGCCAGCUGAUUCUGGCCCACAGAUGUGUUUAGUUUGGCCCUCUCAAAGUGUUUUAAAAAUUCUGAAUCAGUUGCCAACAUUUUAAGUUGAAGAGAUUUAUGUAAAAAUCCAGAUCCAGCUUGUGUCCUCUGGGAGGUGUGUCUUUCCCAAGGUCCCUGGUCUAGUGAGGGGUGGAGCUAGGAUGGGAACUCGUCCCCUCUGAAUCUGGAGCUCCUGCUUUUCUGCUACGGGAGACCGUGGCUUGGAAGUGCCCUCUUUGCUGGAAAUGAAGAGAAAUGCAAUUCAUGUACAGGAUUGCGGGAGAAAACAGAUGGAAGAGAAGAGGCGAAAAUACUCCAUCAGCAGUGACAACUCUGACACCACCGACAGUCACGCUACGUCAGCAUCAAGAUGCUCCAAACUGCCCAGCAGCACCAAGUCGGGCUGGCCCCGGCAAAACGAAAAGAAGCCCUCAGAGGUUUUCCGGACAGACUUGAUCACAGCUAUGAAGAUCCCAGACUCAUACCAGCUCAGCCCGGAUGACUACUACAUCCUGGCGGAUCCAUGGCGACAGGAAUGGGAGAAAGGCGUGCAGGUGCCCGCCGGGGCAGAGGCCAUUCCAGAGCCCGUGGUGAGGAUCCUCCCGCCGUUGGAAGGCCCCCCUCCCCAGGUGUCCCCUAGCAGCUCUGAACUUGGCGAGGGCUCCCAGCCUGAUUGGCCAGGGGGCAGCCGCUAUGACCUGGACGAGAUUGACGCCUACUGGCUGGAGCUCAUCAACUCGGAGCUCAAGGAGAUGGAGAGGCCCGAGCUGGACGAGUUGACGCUAGAGCGUGUGCUGGAGGAGCUGGAGACACUGUGCCACCAGAAUAUGGCACGGGCCAUCGAGACACAGGAGGGGCUGGGCAUUGAGUAUGAUGAGGAUGUCGUCUGUGACGUGUGCCGCUCUCCCGAGGGCGAAGAUGGCAACGAGAUGGUCUUUUGUGACAAAUGCAACGUCUGUGUGCACCAGGCAUGCUACGGGAUCCUCAAGGUGCCCACGGGCAGCUGGCUGUGCCGGACGUGUGCACUGGGUGUCCAGCCAAAGUGCCUGCUCUGCCCCAAGCGAGGAGGAGCCCUGAAGCCCACCAGAAGUGGGACCAAGUGGGUGCAUGUCAGCUGCGCUCUGUGGAUUCCUGAGGUCAGCAUCGGGUGCCCUGAGAAGAUGGAGCCCAUCACCAAGAUCUCGCAUAUCCCAGCCAGCCGCUGGGCUCUAUCCUGCAGCCUCUGCAAGGAGUGCACAGGCACCUGCAUCCAGGAACAGUUGUCAUCGCAAACACUAGAUGUGCCUUCACCUGUUUCAAAAUGGCUUUGUUCCAUGCCUCUUUGCAUCACGGCGUUCCACGUCACAUGCGCCUUUGACCAUGGCCUGGAAAUGCGGACUAUAUUAGCAGACAACGACGAGGUCAAGUUCAAGUCGUUCUGCCAGGAGCACAGUGACGGAGGCCCGCGGGGUGAGCCCACGUCCGAGCCCGGGGAGCCCAGCCCUGCCGGCGAGGACCUGGAGAAGGUGACCCUACGCAAGCAGCGGCUGCAGCAGCUGGAGGAAGACUUCUAUGAGCUGGUGGAGCCAGCCGAGGUGGCUGAGCGCCUGGACCUGGCUGAGGCACUGGUUGACUUCAUCUAUCAGUACUGGAAGCUGAAGAGGAAAGCCAAUGCCAACCAGCCGCUGCUAACCCCCAAGACCGACGAGGUGGACAACCUGGCCCAGCAGGAGCAGGACGUCCUCUACCGCCGCCUGAAGCUCUUCACACACCUGCGGCAGGACUUAGAGAGGGUUAGAAAUCUGUGCUACAUGGUGACAAGGCGCGAGAGAACGAAACAUGCCAUCUGCAAACUCCAGGAGCAGAUAUUCCACCUGCAGAUGAAACUUAUUGAACAGGAUCUGUGUCGAGAGCGGUCUGGGAGGAGAGCAAAGGGCAAGAAGAGCGACUCGAAAAGGAAAGGCCGUGAGGGCCCAAAGGGCAGCCCUGAGAAGAAAGAAAAAGUGAAAGCGGGGCCUGACUCCGUCCUGGGGCAGCUGGGCCUGUCCACCUCGUUCCCCAUCGAUGGCACCUUCUUCAACAGCUGGCUGGCACAGUCGGUGCAGAUCACAGCAGAGAACAUGGCCAUGAGCGAGUGGUCAUUAAACAACGGGCACCGUGAAGACCCCACUCCAGGGCUGCUGUCGGAGGAGCUGCUGCAAGAUGAGGAGACACUGCUGAGCUUCAUGCGGGACCCCUCACUGCGCCCCAGCGACCCUGCCAGGAAGGCCCGUGGCCGUACCCGCCUGCCUGCCAAGAAGAAACCACCACAGGACGUGCCUGGUUCACGGACGACUCCAGACCAACCUCCCAAGAAGCCCUGGGGCCAGGAUGCAGGCAGCGGCAAGGGGGGUCAAGGGACACCUGGCAGGAAACCACCACGGCGAACGCCUUCUCACCUGCCAUCCAGCCCAACGGCCGGGGACUGUCCCGUCCCAGCAGCCCCCAACAGCCCCCCACCACUGGCCCCCGAGACCCCGGACGAGGCAGCCCCAAUGGCUGCCAACUCAAAUGUCCAAGUGCCUGGCCCUACGGUGAGCCCCAAGCUCUCAAGCCGGCUCCGGCCGCCCCGCGAGAGCAAGGGAACCCGGAGAUCGCCAGGGGCGAGGCCUGAUGCCGGGAUAGGACCGCCUUCAGCUAUGGCCGAGAGGCCAAAGGUCAGCCUACACUUUGACACUGAGACUGAUGGCUACUUCUCUGAUGGGGAGAUGAGCGACUCAGACGUGGAGGCCGAGGACAGCGGGGUGCAACGGGGUCCCCGGGAAGCAGGAACUGAGGAGGUGGUGCGCAUGGGGGUACUGGCCUCCUAAGUCACCCCUAUCCCUGUCCUGGGCCCUGCCCUGGUCCCCCCACGAGGCCUCAGCCCAGUCACAACUGCCAUUUCCAAUCUCUGCUGAGUGUCUCAGACCCUCGAGGUUGCCACUCUGUUGUGGUUUUAUUUUUAAUAUAGAGAGUUUCGAAUUCCA